UCCACUGAACACUAAUACUCUCACCGACCGGAUCAAACUGAAAAACCGCUGCUUGAUUAAUGGCACUCUCUUCAUCGUCUUCUCAGAAGACAUGGAUCGUACACGGUAUCUUAGCCGGAACAGCGAUCGCAGCAGCAGCGAUUGGAGCACGUGCGUAUCUGGGUGGAUCCAGGAAAUUCCGGAGCCGGGUCGUGGGAAUCAUACCCGCCCGUUACGCUUCCUCUCGAUUCGAGGGUAAACCUCUCGUUCAAAUCCUCGGAAAACCCAUGAUCCAGAGAACUUGGGAGAGGUCCAAGUUAGCUUCUUCGCUUGAUCACGUUGUUGUAGCAACGGAUGAUGAAAGGAUUGCGGAUUGCUGUCGUGGGUUUGGUGCUGAUGUCAUCAUGACUUCAGAGUCUUGCAGAAACGGUACUGAGCGGUGCAAUGAAGCACUAGAAAAAUUGGAGAAGAAGUAUGAUGUGGUUGUUAACAUUCAAGGAGAUGAACCACUCAUUGAGCCUGAGAUUAUAGACGGUGUUGUCAAAGCACUUCAGCUAGCACCUGAUGCAGUGUUUAGCACAGCCGUGACUUCAUUGAAACCAGAAGACGGACUUGACCCUAACCGAGUCAAAUGUGUGGUGGACAACCGUGGCUACGCUAUUUAUUUCUCCAGGGGUUUGAUUCCUUAUAACAAGAGUGGUAAAGUCAAUCCAAACUUCCCUUACAUGCUACAUCUGGGAAUACAGAGCUUUGAUUCAAAGUUUCUCAAAGUAUAUUCGGAGCUUCAACCAACGCCACUGCAGCUAGAAGAGGAUCUAGAGCAGCUCAAAGUCCUUGAAAAUGGCUACAAAAUGAAGGUUAUAAAGGUGGAUCAUGAAGCUCAUGGAGUUGAUACACCUGAUGAUGUCGAAAAGAUUGAAUCUUUAAUGCGCGAAAGAAACCUCAUCUAGUCCCACAUGAUACAGAGAUCUUAUGCAUAAUGUCUCCACUAUGUACAUUGGGCUAAUUCUCCUUAAAUAUUAUCUGUUACUUGUUUGUAAACAUUACGCAAGUAUGGCCACUAAGUUUAAAAGCGCAAUUAGAAACGAACAACACAAAGAUUG